AUGGUCGAACAGCGCUAUGUCAGAAAGAUCCACAGAAAGGCACAGCGGUUGAUAAAUAUCGAGCCUAUUACCUGCCUUCCAUUAAUGUGGAAACUUUUGACGGGCACUGUAGCAGAUGAAAUGUACCAAUAUCUAGAACAGAGCAAUAUAUUACCGGAUGAACAGAAAGGAUGUAGGCGAAGAAGUAGGGGCACCAAAGAUCAACUGCUCAUAGACAGAACCAUACUUAGAGAUUACGACCUGAAGCUAUACGCCAAGACUGAAGAUCAGAUGAGUGUGCUAGUUAGAACCGUUCACAUGUUCAGCAAUGAUAUUGGUAUGGAAUUUGGGAUGAAAAAGUGCGGCGUUUUGACAUUGAAACGAGGAAAGAUUGUUAGAAGUGAAGGAAUUAAGCUAGCUGAUGGACAAACAAUGAAAGAGGUUCAGGAGGAAGGUUACACUUAUCUAGGUAUUGUGGAAUUAGAUAAAAUCAAAGAAGCUGAAAUGAAAGAUACAAUUGGAAAGGAAUACAAAAGAAGGUUAAGGCUGGCACUAAGAUCAAAGUUGAAUGGGAAAAAUAAGGUGUCAGCGAUCAACACAUGGGCAGUGGCAAUAUUCCGGUAUGGAUCGGGAAUAAUACAGUGGAGAGAGAACGAGCUUAAAGAUUUAAACAGACAAACAAGGAAGACAAUUACAAUGUAUGGAGCUUUCCAUCCGAAGAGUGAUGUUGACAGGCUGUAUGUGAAAAGAAGAGAUGGGGGAAGAGGUCUUAUAAGUAUAGAACGAUGUGUCAAAGAUGAGGAGAGUACUUUGAAAGUGUACGUGUCCAAAUCUCAGGAGAAACUGUUAAAGGGUGUAGCAAAAUUCGAGGAAUUAGAUGCAAGAGAACUGGAGGAGGUUAGAGAUCUUAAGACAAGAAAUUAA